CUUUACAGGAUUAUAGGCCUUUAUGCCUCCUCUCCAGUGACACAGAUAAUGAGCUUUAGUAUCUGAUCUUUGAAUCACUAUAGAUUGUGUAGAAAUUUUAUAACAAAACCAAACUCCGGAGGUCAGUAGAGCGUGAUGAGGCCAUUCCAACAAGCUUUUAGGAAACCAGGAAACUGAGGAGUCCUUGUUGAGCGUCACAAUCAUUUGAUUAGCAAAUAGUCGAUGUCACCACUGAUCAGUAAAGUGAUUGACUCAUUUUACAGGGGGCUGGCUGGCGUACACGAGCCAGGCUCUGUGACUUUUAAAAAUCAAAGUGAAAAUUGCUCUGUUCAAUAAUUUCUUAUGAUGCCAACAACUUUUCAAGUCUAGUUGGUAGUUUGUUUAGUGAUUGGUUCUGUGGGGUAGAUGAAGACUUAAAUGGGACUUCUUAGGGUAGAAAUGGGUGCAAGCAAAACGAUAAAAAUACUAGCUUGAUUCAUGGGAAUGCUGCCAGUUUAGUGAAAUGCAGUUUUGUAGUAUCCCUCUCAAGCUCACCUGUGAAGACCUAUACAAGUACUGUGUAUUCUGGGAGAGUUAAUCAUGCCCCAUUUUGAAAAAGACGCAGCAGGAUGUUUUCCAGUUGGGUUCACAAUUCACAGGACGCAGCCUCCGGCAGCAGAGUACAAUAACAAGUGAUGGAACAGCUGGAAUAUGCAUUGGAAUACUGCCUUUUAUUUCUAAUAAUUCAGACAGUAUUUUGGAAAAUGGUGAAGCCCACUAAAUCGCACUGGGGAAGGGGCUGAAACGGUGGUCGCGACAGCUGAAAAGAAAUGCAGAAAUGAUAACUCUCCAGUUUCCUUUUUGCUGCGUAGUGUUACUUUUCGAAGGCCUGCUGGGAUUAGUGUUUGGACGAGAGACACUCAUGUCAAAGUCCUUAAACGUCAAUGCCAUGUGGCAAAAAAGCAAACAGUGCAUACAAAUGGGCUUCACAUUUCAUUUCUCACCAUAAGAGAGAUCAAAAGGAGAGUUUAAAAUGUGCAUUACCAUCAUACAAACGGACAGCUAAUCAUUGCUGAUUCAUAGAAAAGAUCAACUUUACCUUUCACUUCCUUCCUCUUGGAUUUUGAGAGAUGGCGGCCAACAAACCCAAGGGACAGAACUCUCUGGCCCUGCACAAAGUGAUUAUGGUGGGCAGCGGCGGCGUGGGCAAAUCUGCACUUACGCUGCAGUUCAUGUAUGACGAGUUUGUGGAGGACUAUGAGCCCACUAAAGCUGACAGCUACAGAAAAAAAGUAGUUCUAGAUGGAGAGGAGGUCCAAAUUGACAUACUGGACACAGCUGGUCAGGAAGACUACGCUGCCAUUCGGGACAACUACUUCCGCAGUGGGGAGGGAUUCCUCUGUGUUUUCUCCAUCACAGAAUCGGAGUCUUUUGCUGCAACCGCUGACUUCAGAGAGCAGAUCCUGCGGGUUAAGGAGGAUGAAAACGUGCCCUUCCUGCUGGUUGGAAAUAAGUCAGAUCUGGAAGACCGGCGACAGGUGGGAGUGGAGGAGGCCAAGGCCCGUGCCAAUCAGUGGGAAGUUAGCUACGUGGAGACCUCUGCCAAAACACGUGCCAACGUGGACAAGGUGUUUUUCGACCUUAUGCGACAAAUCAGAGCUAGGAAAAUGGAGGAUGGCAAAGAGAAGAAUGGGAAAAAGAAAAGAAAGAGUUUGGCAAAUAGGAUUCGAGAGAGAUGCUGUGUUCUAUAAUGACUGUGUCUGCACACGGUGACGCCAAGUCCUCCAAACUCUUCUUUUUUCUGCCUCCUACUCGUUUUCCUCAAGGCUAAUCAGCAUCUUGUUUCAUUUCGCAUCUUUUUGCAAAGUACUGAGGGACAUAAACAGGUAUAUAUACAAGUUUGCUGAACAGAAAGAUAUCCACAACUUGGAAGGUCCCAACGAGGAAGCUGCUUAAGACCAAGACCAAGACUGAAUGCUUCUUACGCAGCAGACGACUGCUACGAUGCCAUUUCAUUUCAAUCUUUAAAUGUACUGUACAUAGGCCAUAUAAUGUGGAGCUGCUGCAUAUGAUUGUAAUUUCUGGUUUUCAAGAAGACUGAGGUCCUUAUUCUUCCAUGACAAAUCUACAGCAUGAAUCCAAAAACUACACAGCUUUUCAGGCCAGCAUGCAUCUGUGUGAUGGGUACACCCUAGUGGAAGAAAAUCCGGCUGUCCUGCUAAAAUUAGCCUCUCUUGUCAACUUGGGUCAUUUCUUCCUCUGCAGGCCCCUCGCAGUUCCAAUGCUGUUUUGUGUUCAGUAGGUCUACAUACCAAAGACUGGUAGUAUAAGUCUUCAAACAAAAAUACUUCAGUUUGUUAUAAGCCAGUGAUUGGGAAAUGGUACUGCAGAUGUUUUAACUUUAGUAAAUCAGUGCCUUCACAUUUUACUGCUUAAAUAUAAUCAGUGGUGACUAAUUCCAGCCCCAGAGGUCCAGAGUUGGGCACAAUUUGGAGAUUCUUACUCUAACCCCCCUUGAUAAACUAAAUUAUGUAUUGAAUAUGAUUAAUUUGAGGAAAGAUCCCAAACUCUGCAAGUGUCCAGGCCUCAAGUACUGAAGUUGGGCAUGCUUGCUUGCUUUUAAAGGAACGUUCCACCAUUUGUUAAACAUUUCUGUAUGAUUGAAUGGCUGGGAUUUAAAGUCAUUACAUACAGACCCCUGAUGACAACAUCAUUUAUGCAUGGCCAUGACUUAGUAAGCCGUGAUCCCGUUCCCACGCCUUACUAAGUCGUGGCCACGCAUUAUUUUUUAUUUAUACAGGAUGUCAGCAGCAGGGCUCUGUAAUUCGGGGUAGUCUGAUGUGAAAUGCCCCAUUUAGAGUAACACAGAACUGUUCAGCUAUGUGAAGCUAAAUGCCAUCACCUUGCAGACAAUUAUUACAUGACAUGGGGUCAAAUACCUGAUGGCAUAGACACUGUUUGAUGAUAGUUUGAACAUGAGGUUUUGGCCCAUUUAAGUCUGUUCAUAGUGUGGAGGUACAUGCAAAAUGGCUAUACACAGUCACUGUAUAGCCCUCGCCACUUCGUGGUUCAUCUUUCGCGGACUCGGUGCAUUGUGGGUUUUCAAAAAAAUAUUAAUAGAAAAAAUAUUGUGGAUUUUCGCUACUUUGCAGGUUUUCUGCGGAACUCAAUUAAUGAAUUUUUACAUUAAAAAAUCCCAAUAUGUAUAAAAAUAUAUUAAACAUUAAUUCUAACAAUAAAGGAAUGUUAUAAAGCAUAAAAUAUUGUACCUACAUAGGUUUAGGAAUUCAAAACAUUUUACAAGUGUAAAGGUACAAUGCAUGCACAGAACAGGUGGGAAAGGUUUUAAAGCCUUAAAAUAGUGUAAAAAUACUUAAAUAAAUAUAUUGUUCGGAUUUUCGUUUAUCGCGGGUGGUCCUGGAACGUAACACCCGCGAUAAACGAGGGAACACUGUACUUGCAUAGACAUCAUGAACCCUGGUUUCUGCCACCACCACUGAGGAAAACUGAAAACCUUUUAUAUUUCACUUCAAACCACUGAAUCACGCUGUUAGAUUCGUUAAAGCAGUAAACAUGGAAUUCCCUUGAAAUCAAACUUUACAAAUAUUUUGUCCUCACUAGUUUGGGCUUUCCCUUAGAAGCUUUAGUUGUAAGGAGCUGUAAGGAACACAUUCAUGGAAGAAUAUGACCCUCAGUUGUAGAGAUGGACCUUAUAAGCACUACCACUUUAUGUGAAGAAAAAAAAGCCAUAAAGUGUAGACGCACUACUGUCAGCCUUUUGCUUGAAGACUACAAAGCUUCAACUUUAAAUACUUUCUAGAAAGCGCCUUAAAAACAAACACACAUUGGCUAUAAAUCAUUUAGCAGACACACAAAAAAAGUCAACCAAAUGACUGUUACCUGAAUGACACAAACUUCCAGGUCAGUACUGUAACCUACUGAUAGGAGGUCUAUAAUGGUUGUCAGUGUAAUUGUUGAUGGGCUGUCUAACCAUAAGCUUUGAUCCUAAGCAAACACAGAUUAUAGUAUGAUUGAAUUAAAUGAUUUUGAACUUAUUUUAGUGAAUAUUUAUGAUGUGCAUGGUGGCCAUGGCCUAAUCGUUCUUCUGUUUUUAACUAUAUUAAUUUCACUGGUCAUAUUUCAUCACUAUUAGUCACACUGCACUUCAGUUAACUGAGCUGCUAAUAUUUUCAGACUUGUCCAAUCUUUAUAAUGUUUGAGGGCUACAUACAGUACAAUUCCAUUAUUAAAGGACUUUUUUCUUUGUUCCUUGUCACGGAAAGGGCUGUUUUCAAUCUUUGGUAUGUUCUACUUCUAAUUUUUUUUGUUUGUAAAAUGUUCAAAUGAAAGAGCAAGGAAAUUCAAACAAUAGAUGAUCACAGCACUUCAGCAUAGUCUUGUACAUUUAUGACUGAGUUUGUUGUUGUUAUGGACAACUGUUUCAGAGAAAUGGCACUUUGUUCAAUGUUUUCUCCACUAAGCAAAAUUUUUAAUUGUUUGUAAUUAACCCUUAAAUGCACAUGUCUACAGCUUCCUCAUCACCUGCUAUUUAACACUGUUUAUUUCCCCCAUGUAUUUAUCUUUUUUAACAAGAUCUGUUGGCUCCCUUUUUUGUUAUACUUCACACAUAUUGCCGCCUUUGCUAAUAAUGAUGAUUGACUGAUCUGAAAUGGCCAGACAGCAUUAUGGGAAAAAAAUGUUCAUGCUAACUAAUCUUUACUAAACUUCAUCUGUGUUAUGCAUGCUAUUUUUUUGUGAAGUAUACCUUUAACCAAACAUUGCAGGAGGGUCUGUUUACUAAUGUUGCUGUUGCAAUCGCAGUGCCAAUGGCUGAUGAUGCUGAAAUCCACUCAGCUGAGGCCUUUUGGUACUUUGUUAAUUAAAUCAUGUCUAAUUUAAAGCUGAAAACAGAAAUACAAGGGAUUUUAAUAUAAUUUCAGUGGUUGGAGUCGUUCUAAUGUAUCUGUUCAGUUCUUUUGACGAACUUACCUGUCCAUUACACCCCCAUCCCCAGCCCCCAUUGCUCUAUGUUCAUAUGUUCUAGAUUAAAGGAACCGACACUACUUCUAGAGUUGCAAUAAUAAAAAACCACGGUUAUUUUCAA